GUCAAGAUGUCUGAAAGAAAAGCAGUAAUCAAGAAUGCUGACAUGUCAGAAGACAUGCAGCAGGAUGCUGUUGACUGUGCAACACAAGCUCUAGAGAAAUACAACAUCGAGAAAGAUAUUGCAGCAUACAUCAAGAAAGAGUUCGACAAAAAAUACAACCCAACAUGGCAUUGUAUCGUUGGACGUAACUUUGGUAGCUACGUAACACACGAGACCAAGCAUUUCAUCUACUUUUACUUAGGACAAGUCGCCAUCCUGCUCUUCAAAUCCGGUUAGAGAUGUAUACUAACUUAUAAAGUACUAGUCACAGUAAUCUUUAUAUAGGACGAAGUAUAUCGCGCAUCGGGUCCCGACCAGAGGAACGAAAUGAACACUGCCAGCGUUAUAUUAUUAACCUACGUGAUCGCCGAUUGCGGUAAAUUAUUGCCUGUGAAUUUAUGAUGUGAACAUUUUAGAUGAACAUAUUGUUACCUAUUUAUUAUUGUUAUACCUUGUAUUGUUACAUGGCUAACGUGUUUAUAAUAAAACAUUGUUAGUAUA